CUCCAUUGGGAUUGACCAAAAAAAUACUUAAAGGUAUACUUUGAAUGUUCUUAUCAUAAACUUCUUAUAAUUAGGCUGUAAUUCCAAAUAAAGUUUAAUUAAUAAUCAAGGAAUAUGUUAAAGCAAAAUAUGGCAUGAAAUUUCUAACUGAAAUAUAUAUUGGAGAGUAAAAAUAUUCUUAACUGGGUUAAAUUUAAUAUUGAGCUAAAUGGUUUUUAUACCUUAAAUAUAAUUGAAGUAUACCAAGGUCUAGUACUAGGAAUGAAAUUUUUAUAUUUGAACAUUCUUGGAAAUUGUGCGAAUAUUUAGUUAUAC